AUGAGAGAAUUCUUUGCUUAUAGAAUCCAAGAUCGAUCAACUUCAUUUUCGCUAAUAUUAAAUGCCCGCAGAUUGUUCCAGCAAUUUUUGGUUGAUGCAUAUACCAUGAUCGAGAGUGAAAGACUUAAUUAUAUCCGUUUUCAACAAAAACAUCUUAGGUCUGAAUCAUACACAAAUCUUCAGAAAUUUAAGAAUGAAGGAAAAGAGGAUCUAUCUAAUACUGGUGUACGGUUAGUACUACCAUCAUCUUUUACUGGUGGGUCUCGGUAUAUGCAGCAAAAUUAUCUAGAUGCUAUGGCUAUUUGCAAAUGGUUCGGGUGUCCUGAUUUUUUCAUUACGGUGACAUGUAAUCCUAAGUGGCCAGAGAUUAUCCGAUACCUUCGAAAUACUUCUAUUAAGCAAGAGGACAGACCAGAUAUUAUGUGUCGUUUGUUUAAGAUGAAACUGGAUUCAAUUAUAAAGGAUUUGAAGGACAAGAAAGUGCUUGGAGCACUAAGUGCAGCGGUUUAUACUGUUGAAUUUCAAAAACGUGGGUUGCCACAUGCUCACAUUUGUAUUUUUUUGAAACCUGAAUCCAAGCUUCUCUCCGUUGAUCACGUAGACAAAUUCAUAUCUGCUGAGAUACCAGAUAAGAUUCAAGAUCCCGCUCUUUAUGCUCUUGUAUCCGAGUUUAUGAUUCAUGGUCCAUGUGGAAAUGCAAAUCCCAAUUGUCCUUGUAUGGUUGAUAAUAGAUGUUCAAAAAAAUUUCCAAAAAAAUUCAUUAAUGAAACAAUUACCGAUGCUGAAGGUUUCCCUGUAUACAGAAGAAGAGAUAAUGGAAACACCAUUAUCAAGUCCAAAGUUCAAUUGGACAACAGAAGUGUCGUUCCAUAUAAUCCGCUUCUUUUGAAAAGAUACCAAGCUCACAUUAAUGUAGAAUGGUGCAAUCAAGCGGGUUCUAUCAAAUAUUUGUUUAAAUACAUUAAUAAAGGUCCAGACAAAGCAUCGCUUGUGGUGUCAAAUGGAGACGGUACAGAUAACGAACAAACAGCAAAGGAUGAGAUCAAAGCUUAUUAUGAUUGUAGGUACGUUUCCGCUUGUGAAGCUUCUUGGAGAAUAUUUGCAAAUGAAGUUCACUAUAGGUUUCCUCCAGUUAUGAGGCUUCCUUUUCAUAUGGAAGGUCAACAAAAUUUUGUUUUUGGUGCCGAAGACGAUAUUGAAGAAGUGUUGGACAAGCCAUCAGUCUCUUCAUCAAUUUUUUUAAAGUGGAUGGAGAUGAACAUAAAUAAUGAGGAAGCACGGAAGCUUACAUAUGUUGAGUUUCCUACAAAAUUCUGUUGGAAACUAAAAGAUAGAAAUUGGGCAGAACGUAAAAAAAAAUUAUUACAUAUUGGACGCAUUCAUUCUGUUUCCCCUGCUUUGGGUGAACCAUAUUUUCUUAGAAUUCUUUUAAACAAAGUCAAAGGACCAAGAUCCUUUGAAGAAAUUAGAACUGUUGAUGGCCAGUUGUUUCCAACCUUCAGGGAUGCAUGUUAUGCAAUGGGUUUGUUAGACGAUGACAUGGAAUACAUCGAAGCUAUUAAAGAAGCGAGUUUUACGGGAGAUGGUCAUUAUAUUCGUGCAUUGUUUGUCACUUUGCUGUUGUCAAACACAUUAUCAAGACCUGAAUUUGUUUUCGAACAAACAUGGAAAUACUUGGGGGAUGACAUUUUAUACAAAACGAGAAAAGAAACAAAGAACAAAGAUCUUGUAAUGUCAGAUGACAGAUUGUAG